CAGUUGCCUAGUAACCCCGCCAUCUUGUUUAGAAAAGUUAGUUUGUUGGACAAUGGAGCCGACUGGCUGAUCAAUCUUUUCAGACAGAAUUUGGUCGCCGAAAAAGGGACCAAAAUGCCGAAGAAAGGCAAGAAGGGAGGAAAGGGGAAGAAGGGAAAGAAGGGGAAGGGGAAGGGAAAGAAGGGGAAGAAGGGAGAAAAGGUCUCCAAGGAGAAGAAGGAGGACAUCGUGGCCCAGGCCAUGGCCAGCGCCAAGAUCUGGGAGAUGAGACUUGAGGCCACUGAGAAAUCAAGACAGGACUUCAGAGAGAAUGCCAAAUUCCUGCUCCUGGAGAAUGACCGACUCCAGACGAGUAUGGAGCAGACGGAGAAGGACACCAUUGAUGUCAUCUCAUUCUUAAGGAAGGAGGACCAAACCAAGGAUGAACAGAUUACCAAGCUGCAGCACCAGGUGAAGGAGAUGAAGAGAGAAGGAAGGAAAGAAAAGGAACAGCUGAUUGAGGAGUUCAGUGCACAGAUUAAUGGCCUGGAGGAGAGGUUAGGGGAGAAGGACAGCGAGGUCAAACUCAUGCAGAGUGAGCUGAAACUCGUCAAAGAGUUCCGCCGAAAACGGGCACAGAUGCAGAAGGACCUGGAUGAGAUCAAAGACCAACUCUUCAUGGCCAACAAGGAACACAAACACAACCUGUCCAAAAUGGAGCACAAGUUCUUUGAAGAAAAGAUAAAGUUACAGCAAGAGGCGAGUCAGAAGAUUGCUGAGCUGGCAGAAAGAGCACAUACAGAGGCUAUUGAGAAACUUGAUGAGACAACACGCUCAGUGUACAAGGAGAAUGUGCGCCUGAACGAGGCCCUAAGCUACCACAUGAAGGAGGCGUCAGAACUGAGGAAGGAACGGGACCGACUUGAGGAGGAGAACAAGGCGCUGGCUGGGGAGAAGGAACUGAAUGACCUUGUAGUAAACGAGAAGGUUGUGCAGCACAGAGAACAGAAGGUGCAACUCAAAGAGCUGCAGCAGAAAGUGGAGAGCCUGGAGCGCUCUCUGAGCCACGUCGUGCAGGAGUUUGAGACAGAGCGGGGCGCCAUCUUUACCCAGACCAUGGUGGAGACGGAGUCUUCACGUGUCGAGAUAGCCAAGCUGCAGAGAGUCCUCGACAUGAAGGACCGCGAGAUGAAGAAGGUGAAGCGACUGGCGAGGAACAUCCUGGAUCAGAGAACAGAGGUUGAGCGGUUCUUCCUGGAUGCGCUGGAGUACGUCAAACAAGAAAUAGCUGCCAACAGGGCCCAGUACCUGCGUGAUGCACGGAUGGUUUACCAGAAGAAAAUGAUGGCUGCACACGCUGGCCAUGGGGACUUCCCUCGCGUAAGAACCUUCAACAAGAUGGAAGGGAGCACCAACACUGUUUACAGUGAUCUGGAGGAGGCAGAAAGAUGGACUGGGGUUGGAGGGAAGGUUGACCUCGCUGACCUGACCUGGGAGCAGAAGGAGAAGGUUCUGAGGAUGCUGUUUGCGAAGAUGAAUGGAACGAGAGAAGCAAACCGGAGACCGCCCGCAGUCCCCCCCAUCAGGACGAAGACACAGCCGACACUCAGCAUUACACAAAAGGGGGAGAGACCUGGUCCAUCCGCAGAUGACCUUGGGGACAGCACUUUCCUCACAACAGCGAGCGUCAACGAGGACGGACAGCUGAGCCUGCCACCCUUAGAUCCAGCCACUGGGGCCGGGCUGUCCACCUCUGCUGUCCAGGACACAGCAGCUCAGCCCGAGGCAGCUGUUGUGUCGUAGUCAUGGUUUACCACUUACUGUAAACAGUCCUGACCAUAUGUCGGAACAUAGGACCAUUGGGAGUCAUAGGGCUGUCCACAACAGUACUGGACCAUCUCAACACAUCAUGUCAUCAUCAUGGAGGACAUAUGACAUAGCCCAGACUUCAACCAAUACUGGUCAUUUCUAAUUUUGGGAGACAUACAUUUGAAAUUGUUGCUGAUGUACAGCAAAUUGUUUACAACCUGAAACUUUGUAAACAUUGGAUGAUUUGGACCAGAUUUGUUGUAACAGUUUUAGAAGCUGGCUUACAUUCUUGUAAAAAAUAAUCUUUACAAAAUUUUGUCGACAAACAUGCUACUGAUAUGAUACUUACUGAUACAUUUCUAAUCUAAUGUCUCCACAAUACCAGCAUUUUUUAGCAAUUUUAACAACUUCUUCUUUGUUUGUAAAUAAGGUACGAGGAGUAUUUUAGCAUUGAAUUUUGUAGUCAGGAGUGUUAUACAAAGGAAAAUGUACAGAAAAUAAACUCCAUCAGUAGACUUA